CCGAUUUUAUCAAUCAGUAAUAAUUUACACAGAAAAUUUAAGAAGCAGUGAUGGCGGCGGAUUCUUGCUGAUAAAGUUAACUUGUUGACACUCUUGACCGUUUUCAAACAAAAUAUUACGCAACUGGUACUAGUCUCGUCUCUUCGAACAAUUCUAAUGAACGCGUUUCGGGAAAGUACACCGUCCACAAGUUUCCUAAACACAAUUUUCAUACAGGAUUCGUGUGAGAAAGAAAAUGUUGUGCUUGCGACUCGACACUUAAAAUCACAGGAGCCAAUUAUGUCAGCUAAUGUACUUUAAAUGAGGACGUGACAGCAACUGGUCGUCAAGCGAAUUCGUGCGUGUGUGUGAUGGGAACUCACUUCCCGAAGAAGAGUUCACGGGCGCUGGUUUUAUUUUAAAAAGUGGUCAUUCAUUAUUUUGAGGGAGAAUGGCAAUUCGUGUAACCCUCGAGUGUGGCCAUACAUCUGAAUUACGUGCCCAAAGGACUCCCGAAGGUUAUACACACGAUUGGCAGGUUUUUGUCAGAGGGGUUGACAAUGCUGAAGUGCAUCAAUAUAUUGAAAAAGUUGUCUUUCACCUCCACGAGACAUUUCCUAAGCCAAAAAGGGUCUUGAAAGAGCCUCCGUACGUAGUGAAAGAAUCUGGAUAUGCCGGAUUCGAAAUUCCGAUCUACGUUUACCUAAAGAACAAAGAUGAACCGAAAAAGUUUCACUUUUCGUACGAUCUGCAACUGCAACCCAGUGGUCCAGCGAUAAAUAAAGUCGCGACGCAUAGCGAAACAUUUCCUAACCCUAAUGAAGAUUUUAGAAAAAGACUUCUCAAAGGUGGAGCUAUCAUGGUAUCGAAUACAGAGGGUACACCAGAAAAGAGUAAAGUCGCCCCACCAAUGGUAGGUAAGCCUAAGCUAAGUGGAACGGAGGGGAAGAAGCACAGGAUGACGGAGCCGAAAGCAUCAAAUGCUUUCGCUGAUUUAUUUGGACCUCCGAUUAAGACUGCAGGGACGAAAGUCUCCCCUGACACGAAGAAGCCUUUGUCCUCCUCGGUGUCUGAAAAAAAUAGUAGUACGAAGCUCUCUUCCUCGGAGAAAGUCGAAAAGUCAGAGAAGAGUUCGAAAGCGAAGCACAGUCCUCAUAAAGAUGGGAAGAAGGAAAAGAAUUCUGAGGAGAGAAAGGAGAAGAAAGACAGAGACUCGUCCAAGGAGAAGGAGAAAAUCAAGGACAAGUCAAAAAGAUCUCAGAGUCCAAUGAGCAAAAGUAGCCAUACGAGUCCGGGAACCAAGAGGCCUUCCUCACCCCCUCCAAUAAAAAAGCCACCGACUCCUCCACCUUCAGUCCCAAAAAGAGCACCUUCUCCGAAACCAAAAGAGAAAGAGUCCAAGAAAGUAACCCAGGAGAAAGAAAAGGAGAAAGAGAAGGAAAAGCUGAAGGAGAGCUCAAAAAGUACUUCCGAGGAAUCUAGAAGCGAGAAAAAGAAGGACAAAAAGAAGCACAAAGAGGACAAAGACAAAGAAAAGAAGGACAAGCAUAAGGACAAGGAGCGCGACAAGAGCAAGGAAUCGAAAGAGUCCAAGAGUGUGGAGAAGAAAGUCGAGAAGAUUGAGAAACCGGAGAAGGAGAAGGAAAAACCUUCAGAGUUCAAACCUCCGAAGGAAGGGCGAAAGUCUCCAAAGCCUCAGAAGGAACCCGAGAAAGUAAAGGAGGAGAAACCAGCAAAGCCAGAGAAGGUAGAGAAAAAUGAAAAACCAGAGAAAACUAAAGAGUCGAAGGAUAAAGACAAGCAAAAGCACAAGCACAAAAAGAGGGAGAAAAAGGAUAAAAGGGACGGGAGCAAGGAGAGAGAAAAAAAAGAGAAACGCGAGAAGAACAAAAGUUCCAGUGAUAAGCAGAAUGUAGUUGCUCCUCCUCUUCCUCCUCCUCCUCCUCCUCCAGUGGCUACAACUCCUCUUUCUACUCUGUUGGCAGAAAUGCCCGACCGGGAUAGCAGCGAUUCUGCCCCUUCGUUGGACGAAGAGCCCUUCGUGGAGCCAAAACCCGUCCCAAUUGUCAAAAAAGAUCCUCCGCCAGUAUUAGCACCAACCGUUUCCAACGAGUCGAAACCAAACAUGUCACCUCCUCCACCCAGUGAUAAAAAAAGCAGGAGUGAUCGAAGCAAGCGAGAAAAAUCCAAGGGAAAUCGAGAGGAUAAGGAAGUGAAGAAGAGGAAAAGGAGGAGCGACAGCAAAGGAGAUGAUGAGCGUGCUAUCAAGAAGGACAGAGAUCGAUCCUCGUCUCCACUUCUUGAGCCAGUUUCCUCCAGCCAGUCGCCAAUUGCUGUCGAUAUGGAAUCGGUGCAUCAUCCAAAGGUGAAAGAUGAGGGAACCUCAAACAAACCGACGACCGGAAAGGGAAGCGAGGCCGAGGCAGAGCAGGUCGCUCCUGAUUCGACAAAUAGUACUUUGGCCGAGCCCGAAGUUGGAGAUGCGCCUUCGUUUUCGGAGGAAUACGUUUCUCAGUUAAAAGAUCUACAGCACAAAAUCAUGACGUUACAGGACAACCAGGAGUUGCAGAGAGUCGUCCAGGUUAUCGCGGAGACGGGUCAGUACGAAAUCACGAAGAAAACUUUCGAUUUUGACCUUUGCACUUUGGAUCGAAGGACGGUGCAGCGCCUGCAACAAUUUUUCGCCUCGUGACCACCCAUUGCACAUUAAGUGUGUGUAUGUGUGCGUAGGUGUGCAUGUGUGAUCUACGAUGUUCUGUAUAAAAAGUAUAAUAUAUACAUAUGUAUAUGUAUAUGUAUGCUAACAUUUUGGAUUUGAAAAUGUUAAGGAAGUAUACGUCAGAGCGAAUCUUCCAUGUCUGCUUCUCGAUUAUUUUGCUCGGGACACGUGAAUAUGCCCCAAAAUCACUUAAAAUAACUUUGAUAUUUGAUUAGGUAUUUCAGGUUGGAUGGCUGUAUGCAAGAUUACUGCACGUCGCAGAUUCGACAAUCAAUCCCAAUCGGGUUUUAAAUCCGACAACUGCGAUUAACGUUAUUUCAGACUUAACUAGCUUCAACUUUUUUAAAUUAAAUUCAUUUUCAAAAAAUCUAAUGUUCCAAACUUGAUCGAAUGAUUUUUUAUUUUCAUUUGAAAGUCGAUCGGACUAAGUGCACACCUUUAAAUAGCUUUUGAAAAAUAAAAAUAAUAUUUAAAUACACUUACGCUAGAAAAAUAUUUGUUUGAGGGCUUGGCCCCCGACUUGCAGGCAUCUUGCAAACUUACGUCACAACUUUAAAUUCCUAACGGAAAUAUAUGUCUCCAAAUUAUUUUUCUCUAAAUUGCCAUUCUUAUUUGGCCUGCAAUGCUCGCACCCAAAGGUGCGAACACCAAGCAUGUUUUUGUUGAUUUUGUAUCCAAGGUGUUUUAUAACCAUUUUCCGAUAAAAAACAAAAUAUUUGCCCUCACUGUUUUUUAAGAGAAAAAAAAUCCAUUUUUAAUUUUAAAACAUUAGAAUUUUCUAGUUAUUCUCGAAAACGAAGCGAGGCAUGGCAAAAAUCGAGAGAGGAAAGCCUUUUCUUGGAAAAAAUUCUACCAAAUACCCCAUGAAUAUUAUUUAAUCAUACUUCGUUUUUUUUUAAGUUGAUUUUUGAUAUUAAGAGGUAAAAAUAGUGUUUUAACAUUUUUAUACGAGAUGAAAGAAUACAAUAGAUAGUUUGAGCGAAAUGUAUAAUUAUUUAUGGUUUUAUAACAAUCUUUUAAUCGUAUCAUUAACUGAUCAGAUAAAAGGCUUAUGAUUUGUACUUAUUCUAAUUUUUUUAUUGUAUAAAAAUAUGAAAAACCUUAUUUUUACCUCUUAAAUGCUCUUUUGGCAUUUUUCAUAUCUCUCUUCGUUUUUUGGAAAAAACUAAAAAUUCAGAUUUUUUAAAUUCCAUCUAAGCUGUUUUUUUAUUUCACCGAAUUGGUAUUUACUAUAAAUCCCAUUAAAACAAAUUGUGUUUAUUUGAAUUAGAAUUUGUCGGAAUUUUUCUUUGACAUAAUUCUCAUGUAAGUAAUCUAAUUUCUAUUUUUACGGUCGCAUAACCACUAGCCAUUUCUUUUGUAAAUCUAACUUAUAUUUUUCUGAAUUGUCCUUGACUAUAAUUUUUAUUUGUCGCGAAUAUAAAAUAGUAAUUAGAAGAAAUAUGUAUAAAUUAAAAUAUAUACAGAUGUAAGUUAUGGCAAACGACAAUUCUUGGGAAUAAAAAAUGUGGCAAAUGGCAACUGAGAAAAUAGAAAUUUGGAUAAAUAAUCACCAGGUCAAAUAUAAUUUAUAGUAAAUGCAAAUUUGAGAAAAUAUAAAUUGGGUUAAAUGUGAAGUGUGGCAAAAUUAUAACAAAUGUUGGCAAUUGGAUUUUGGAGUAUAGUCACACACCUCAUUUUGAUCUUAUGUUAUUAUUAUAUUAAAUUUCGAUCGUAUGUAUGCGUAGAUAUUAUCUGGCCUGCUUGUCAAUUUUGAAGUUUUAAAGUUGCGUGUAGUAUACCGUUUUUUUAUGAUUUGCACGAUGAUAUUACGUGUAAUUUAUUACAAAAAAUGUAAUGUACGAGUGGAGUACUUUUAGAAUUUUUUUUGCAGUUCAUAUUUUAUGCUGUGAAUUGGAAUGUUUUUACAAGUUCUAUAUUGUUUCAAUUUUCGAAUUGAAUUGUGGUAUUCGGGUAGAUAAUUUGGAACUAACAUGUGUCGAGAGGUUUGAAUUAUUAUUCUCAGUGCUAGUGACUUUUUGUCUAUCUUAGAGGAUUGAGUUAAAGUACAAAAUUUAUAUUUGUGUUUUCUUUUGUUGGAUACUUUGAUUCGACUUUCUAUGACAAGCGCGAUUUUUGUCAUUCGCAUCUGCCUACAUUGCUUUAUAGAGAACUUUAAAUUAUUAUACGAUUACAUUAGGUAGACAUAUAUUUAUUUAAUAUAUUCCGUAUCACAUUCAAUGUGAUGCAUCUUCACCGGAAAUUUUCUCUUGUUUUCCUAUCAAUUAUGAUUUAGAAAUUCAGGAACGCAUGUGAAUUAUUUCGGAAGAAAUAAAAAUGAUAAGACUUUAAAACGAUCAGUUUUCAAACCACAUGAGCCUAAGUCGAAACGUAUAUUACAUUUUCUGUAAAGCUGCAAUGUAAAUGCUUAAAUCCGAAGAAUUUCAUGUCACGCGAAUGUGACCUAAUGAGACGUAAUAUUACAAUUCUUAAAUCCCUGGUUGAGAAGCUCAACUAAUAUUUGUUUUACAAUAUUGUCAAACAAUUAAAAAGGGAUUUAGGUCUCCAAAGAUGUAUGUGGUGUCAUGCACUAUGGCAGAACUGCUUUCUAAAUAUCAAGCAUAUUCUUGAAACUGUUUACCGUACUCGAUAUGUAAUUUUCUUAUCUUAUUUUGUUAACAAUAUUUUUUAAAGUGAUAUAAUAUUAACAAACUUUUGCAUUAUAGAAUUGACCAGGAUCAAAGAUCAAGAGUACAAUCGAGUUUUGACCUUUUUAUAAACAUGGAGCAUAAUUCUAUCAUUUUACAGUCUUCUCAGAUAGCGCCGAACAAGUUAUAUAUAAAAAUAAAUAGAUAGUUUUAGAUAGAUAAAUAUUUUGAGUGAACGACUUCUCAACUAUCUAUACUUUAACGUUGAUGCAAGGGUUUCUGGAAAGGAAUAAAAAUUCUAUUUCUGAUACUUUUGAUUUUUCUUCUGUAAGUUAGUUAGCUGUAAAAUCUUCAUUUCUAAAAUGAAUCGGCUGAAAGAAAAAUGGAGUGAAUAGCGUUUUACCCUCACAGCAAGAGGAUAUAUCGGGAUAUCCCAUUUGAUCCUCUUUAUCUACCAGGAUAUCCGGAAUGUCUAUGGGACGUUUCUGGAAUAUUAAAAUGUCCCAAGUAGGACUUACAUUUUUUUCUAUAUCCUACGUGGGACAUUUUACAUCCCAGAAACGUGCUGGAUAUUUGAUGGGUUCCUUGGGAGCUAAAUAGGAUCGAAUGGAAUAUGUCGAUGGAUCCUGUUGCUGUAAGGGUAUGAACUAUUUUUAAAUUUAAAUUGAAAUUUUUCUAACAGCAACAGUGUAUAUCGUAACUCAUCACCUCAUUCAUCACUAUAUUCGUUAAAAUAAUGAUACGUAGAAAUUAAAUAUCACAGAGUACAUGUACAUGUCAUCAUAAAAUUCUCUUGAUUUCAACUUCCCUGUGAAAUUCGACUCUUUGUUUUAUUUUUAAGGAAGUUGAUUUUCAAGAUUUUGUAAUAUUUCUGCAAAUGCUUAUUUAGAUGAGAAUUUUCUGGAGACUGUUUACAGUUAAUUGUUUUGCAAUAGCAUUUAUAUACGUUACACAAAAUCACAUGGGUAUACGUAAUGUUAAAUGUAAGUGGGAAAUAGCUUUUUUAUUGUGAUAAAUUAAAAAUUAAAUUUCCAGAGACAACUCCCUAAUUUUGAGAAAUCUAUUAGGAAAAACUGGGGUCGAGUUUUUAAAAUCCAUAUUGCACCUAAUAAAUAUUUCUGAACAUAUCAAUGCUAAUAUUGAAAUAUAAAUGGAAAUUUAAGCCAAUUUUUAAACAUUUCGGUAUUUAAAAAAUAUUGAACAUUUUAUGUAAUGAAACUAGAGAUUUAUUUUUUUAACUGAACCCAGUUUUUAUGGUUGAGAUUUCUCAAUGUUGUAAAUGUGAUGUUUAUAUAUCAUGCGAUUAAGUUCCAUGUACGGUGAAUCACUAUUGAUAUUUAUUUCUAUUUGUGUCUACGUUUUCUGCAUAGUAAUUUAUGCAUAAGAUAUAAAAAAACUGUAAAAUGCCUGACACAGCGUAUUAAAUUAGAGUACAUUUUUACAAUCUGUUAAAUAUGGUACAAUUUUAGAUCCGGCGGUUUUACAGAAAGGUCUAUUUCAUAAAAAGCAAAAUCUUGAUAUAGUGUAAUCAAAUAUUUUGAAAACUCAAUUUGUACGAAACAUUUGGAAUACUCUGCGAUUUUCGUCAAUGGUCUUACCGCUUCUAUUAAAUAUUCAAUACUUAAUACGGAAUUGUGAAUCAUGGAAAAAAAUGUCAUCAGUCGUAAUUUUGUAAGAAAUUGAUAAAACUUAUGGCUCUAUAAUAAAAGUGAAAA